AUGAGUACCACGAUCGAAUCCCAGACCGAACCGACCGCCAACCAUCCCAGUCCGGCCCCCAGCGCCGCCGGCUCGACAGGAACCUCCGGCAUCACAGUGCGCAACGGCCCAGGGGGCCAACCGUUAAGCUUCAGAAGACAACGUGCCUCUCGCGCGUGCGAGACUUGUCAUGCACGGAAGGUUCGCUGCGAUGCCGCCAGUCUAGGUGUGCCCUGCACCAACUGCGUCGCCUUCUCCAUCGAAUGCAAAAUCCCCACCCCCAAACGCAAGAAGAACUCCAGCAAGGGCAAAGACGACGGUCAGUACGCCGAUAGCCCGCCUCACACAGCCUCCUCGCUUGUCGACGCUGCCGUCGCUCAUUUUCGUCCGUCCAAUACCGAGGACUCGGGCGAGCUCACUUCGUCCGAGAAACGGACACGCGAGUCCGACUCGGAUGAUAAGGAAGAUGCCUCGUUUGGAUACCGCAAGAACCGGAUGGGCGUGGACGGCAUGCCCGCCACCGAGUUGACCGAGUCGGAGGCUUCCCACCAGGCGUCCGGCGACAAUGUCUACGCCCAGUUCAUGAAGCCCAAGUUCGCCCGCGCCCCAAUCAAAGAGGCCGGCCGGGUGGCCUACCUUGGUGAAUCGUCCAAUCUCUCGCUCCUCGUCCAGGAUCGCCAUGGCACCAGCGACGUUGUGCAUUACCCCCUCCCACCCAACAUCCGGGGGUCUCGAGCCCGCUUGACCGACCUUGACAACCUGGAAAUCGACAUCUUGCACCAGCGGGGUGCGUUCUUACUGCCCCCGAAGCCCCUAUGCGACGAACUCGUCGAUGCCUACUUCAAAUGGGUGGCACCCGUUGUCCCCAUCAUCAACCGGAGCCGCUUCAUGCGUCACUAUCGCGACCCGAAGAAUCCCCCCUCAUUGCUGUUGCUGCAAGCCAUACUCCUGGCUGGUUCCAGGGUUUGCACUAACCCCCAACUGAUGGAUGCCAAUGGCUCGACGACCCCGGCCGCGAUGACCUUCUACAAGCGGGCCAAGGCGCUCUACGACGCUAACUACGAGGAUGACCGGGUCACCAUCGUACAAGCGUUGGUCCUUCUAGGCUGGUACUGGGAAGGCCCAGAGGACGUGACGAAAAAUGUAUUUUACUGGACUCGUGUGGCGAUGGUGGUCGCUCAGGGCUCUGGUAUGCACCGCAGCGUGGAAACCUCACAGCUCAGCAAACCAGACAAGAGGCUGUGGAAGCGGAUCUGGUGGACUCUGUUCACUCGGGACCGCUCGGUCGCUGUCGCCCUGGGACGCCCAAUCGGCAUCAACACAGAUGAUUCCGAUGUUGAGAUGGUGACCGAAGACGACUUUAUUGAGGAUGAACUCGAUGCUCCCGCCGAAUAUCCCCCGGACCCAGUACAUGUGCAAUUCUUCCUGCAAUACGUGAAGCUUUGCGAAAUCAUGGGACUGGUUCUAUCGCAGCAAUACUCCGUGGCGUCCAAAUCUCGGCGCAUGAAUGCCAUGGACCUAACCCAUUCAGAUAUGGCGUUGGCGGAUUGGCUGCAGAACUGCCCCAAGGAAGUCUGCUGGCAACGGUCUCGGCACCACUUUUGGGCCGCUCUUCUGCACUCCAACUACUACACCACUCUUUGUCUUCUUCACCGAGCCCAUAUGCCUCCGGCCUCCUCAGCGCCUAACAGCUACCGGGUUGAAGAGAUGGCGUACCCGUCCCGGACCAUUGCUUUCCAGGCGGCGGGCAUGAUGACUUCGAUCAUCGAGAACUUGCAGACCCACAACGAAAUCCGCUAUACUCCUGCGUUCAUUGUAUACAGCUUGUUCUCAGCUUUGAUCAUGCACGUCUACCAAAUGCGGUCCUCAGUCCCUUCGAUUGUGGCAACAUGCCAGGAAAGAAUCAACGUCUGCAUGGGCGCCUUGAAGGAUGUUUCCAAGGUUUGGUUGGUGGCCAAGAUGGUUCACACUCUGUUUGAAUCCAUCCUGGGCAACAAGGUACUGGAAGAGCGACUCCAGAAGGCCGCUGGUCGGCGACACCAGCGGCGACCACACGAUAGCACAUCCGCCCAGUCCAAGAAACCCGAUCCCCCGAAGCGCAAAUUCGAUGACAUGGAUCUCGGAUUGCCCAAUGGCGGACCCACACCCCCCGUCUCAUACGAACGCUCGCGACCACAGACCCCGGCCGUCACGCCCUCUCGUGAGCUGAAUCAGCCCCUGGGCCAUGCGUCGCCCAAUGCCCACCGGGGCCCACUCGACCCGAUUUCUGGCCCUGCCAACUCGCGGGGCAACACUCGACCCACCACCCCGUUUAAUGCCCAGUUUUCCUUGCCUGCCACGCCUCCCGAUUUCUUCCUCGUCACUCGUACCUCGCCCAAUCUCUCUCCCUCACUCUGGGAAAACUUCCAGCCGGAUCAAUUGUUCCCAGACGGCACGGCGAUCUUCCCUGAACUGACCUCGCCGCCGCCCCCGGCCACUGUAGACCCCCAGUUGCAGAUUCCAUCACAGUUGCAAGCUCCCGGCUUGGGGCAGCGACCCAUGAUGGGCAAUCCCUCUCAACCGGUGCCCGGUCGUAGCCUGUCCGUGUCGCAGGGUAGCCCGCAGAUGAUGUCUGGGGUUCCUGGCGGCAUGGGCAUGCAGACCUCGCCGCAAGCCAAUCAACAGAUGUUCGCCAUGGAGGGACAGCCGUGGCCGAUGCAGGGGUUGGAGGGCACCUUAAGCGGUGGAGCGUUGGACGCCGCCAGCCAGGAUGAUAACUGGAGCAGCAGCUCGCGCAGUGGACCGACGGCGCCAACCACCUUGAACGUGGAAGAUUGGUUCCAAUUCUUCGGUAUCAAUGGUGGAUUUGGAGAUUUGGCGGCCUAA